AUGGUGGAUAUUGCCGCAAAGCUAGACCUUCCAUCCAUGCUUAUGGAUGAGAGAGAGAGAGAGAGAGAGAGAGAGAGAUUGGUAAUGGUGUUUGAGAUGGUGUUUAAGGGAGGUCUACCAACUGGUAGUUAGAGAUUGAACUCCUUAACCAAACACGAUCUCAAAUAGCCAAAGAACCCAAGAACUGUAACAACAAGAAGAACCACUAGAAGCAAUAACCACAACAAACUAGAAGAACAAGAAGGAAGUCAAGCACCAACCACUACCUCAACUGGGGUUUCAAGCAAAGGCCCAAAAGCCAAACCUCCAGAAAGAGGAAGCUAUUUCAAAAAGGCACACAAAGAAAGCUAGAAAGAGAAAGUUAUCAUUUCUUUUGAGUGUUUUCUGAGAGAGAGAGAGAGAAACAAGUUUAACUAUGUAUGUGUGUGUGUGUGAGAGAGAGAGAGAGAGAGAGAGAUGCUCACGUGGCGUUUUGAGGGAAUGAUGGCUAGAGAAUAAAUGAUGAGAGAAGAAGAUCAAAAGUGAGGAAAUUCAUUGCUACUUUCAAAUCUAAUUAUCACUCUCUUUUCUUUUUAGAAACAAAAAGAAGAGAAAGGAUUUAUCUUUUUUUCUUUCUUGCUGUUUGUCCUUUGCAAUUGUAUGCAUAGGUCAAUAGGGGGGUGUAAUGAAAAGGAAGUGUUGUGUUGUUAUUUUGUUGUAAUGGGAUCGGAUUUGUGUAUCAGCGGGUCGAGUGGUGUCUUUGAGGUUUUAUGUUCGCUAUAACAACCACAAGUGUUACUGGUUUCCAGUUCCUUGGAUGAUUAUGUAAUCUGACUCAAGUAAUCAGGCCGGAAAAUCUAAAGAUAGAUAUGGCUACUUAUUAUGCUAGUUCAAAUAACCAAAGAGAUGGUGCACCAAUGAUAUAUAUGCCGGGUUCAUAUUCAGAGACACCAGUUCUUCCUGGUAAUAUGAUGAUGUAUAUGAAUGGUGGAUCAUUCUCAGAUACCUUGGCUGGGAAUUCCCAUCUGCAAAAUAACUGCAUUCAAAUUCAGUCUGUGGAGGCAUCGAAUUCAAGCACACAGCAGCAAGAAAUCUUGUCAACUCUUGGUGGAUCACGAAUUGGGGAGCAUGAUUUUAAUGCAUGGAGGGAUGGUAGAAAUGAGAUGCUAGUUAUGCAUUCAAUGGGUGGACCUUCUGGUAUUCUUCACAGUGGACAGAACUUACAAGUCCAGGGCUUGUCCCUCAGCCUUGGUACGCAAAUUCCAUCUGGAAUCCAAAUGCCCUCCCCCUACAGGAAUCCAAAUCCUGGCCUGGCUUCAUUCUUAAGUCCUAAUCCGUCAAUUAUGGGUGAGGGUGGUGGCAGGAAUGGCUCUUCUAGAGAUGAACAAUCAAAAAAUGCUGAAUGUCUGCCACCUGGUUUUUCUGGUGGUAAUCAAGAUUCAAAUAAAGGGGAUUUAUCUCCAUAUGGAAUGACCAGUAUUGCAAGAACCAUUCCAAAUUCUAAGUACCUUAAGGCAGCACAACAAGUGCUUGAUGAAGUUGUCAAUGUUCGAAAGGCUCUAAAGCAGCCUGACAAGGAGAAAAACCAAAGCACAAAUGAGCAUGGCCUGAAUAGUCCAAAAGGUGCUGACAGCAAAUCAAAGAAUGGGAUUGCAGACCCUCAGGAAUCCACCAAUAACUUUCCAAGUGAGCUUUCACAUGCUGAAAGACAAGAACUGCAGAACAAGUUGAGUAAGCUUUCGUCCAUGUUGGAAGAGGUUGAUAGAAGAUACAAACAAUAUCAUCAUCAGAUGCAGAUUGUGGUAUCAUCAUUUGAUGUGAUAGCAGGACGUGGUGCAGCUAAACCAUACUCAGCACUUGCCCUACAGACUAUAUCCCGCCACUUUCGGUGCUUGCGAGAUGCAAUAAGUGGCCAAAUUCAAGCUACCCGUAAAAGCCUGGGGAAGCAAGAAACAUCAGAGAAUGGUAAAGGGAUGGGAAUAACUCGUCUCCGGUAUGUGGAUCAGCAGAUCAGGCAACAGAGAGCUCUUCAGCAGCUUGGAAUGAUGCAGCAACAUGCGUGGAGGCCACAAAGGGGUUUACCUGAAAGCUCUGUUUCAAUUCUUCGUGCUUGGCUGUUUGAGCACUUCCUUCAUCCUUACCCAAAGGAUUCUGAUAAGAUCAUGCUGGCAAGGCAGACAGGCUUGACCAGAAGUCAGGUCUCAAAUUGGUUUAUCAAUGCACGAGUGCGACUUUGGAAGCCCAUGGUUGAAGAGAUGUACAAAGAAGAGAUUGGGGAUGCAGAGAUGGACUCUAAUUCUCCUUCUGAAAAUGCAACCAAAGCAACAAAAGGUGACUUGAGAAGCUAUGAAGAUGGAGGGGAAGAAAUGCAACAAAGCUCCAGUUCAACAGCAACCGAAAGAUGCAGUGCUGCUGGACAAUUGCUGGAUUCCAAAUCUGAUCAUGUUCCUGAUGUAGAAAUGGGAGGAUCAACUAAAAGAAUCAAUUUCCAAAACAUGACACACGGUGGACGCGGUGAGGCUGUUACUGAAUAUGGGUUAUUGAAGCUAAGGGAGGAGCAAAGGCCCAGCGUUGAUUGUGGUCUGUUCCCUGAUGCCAUUGUUCACUCUGAUGGGAGUGGCGAUAGGUUUAUGGCAGCAGCUGCUGCUGCUUAUCAAAUGUCACAGGUGGGAGGGUUUGGGACUGCAAGCGGAGUAUCUCUUACUCUGGGGUUGCAGCACUGUGAUGGUGGUAACCUACCAGUGUCUGCCACAGCCCAUCACAGUUUUGUUUCCACGAGAGGGGAUGAUAUAUAUGGUGCAGCAGCAUCUUCUACUGAGGCGGAGAACACAGAUUAUGAAUGCCUGAAUCCAGGAAACAGGCAACACAGGUUCAAUUCCUCCCAUUUGUUGCAUGAUUUUGUGGCAUGAAUAAUUAUGGGUCACAAUUGAAUUACUUUAGGACACUAGCAGCCGACUUUCUUUGUUCCAUUAGGAAAGAUUCAUCAUUAUUUCAGGUGGUGAAAGGAAGGUCGUGCAUAAAACACAAUUGUAGUAUAUCAAAAGAAUUGGUUGGAAGAUUAGCAUAUUGUAAAGAUACAUAUUAUUGUCUUAAUAUUUUGCAAGGGAAUUGUACAAUUGGCAAUAACUUUGCUAUUGAAAGAAAACUGAAAAAAAAAAAAAAAAGGAAAUCCUGGUUUGAAAUAAAGAUGGUAGGAAUUGGCUGA